AGAAGAGAAAGGGAGAGAGCUAUCCUCUGCGAUUAGUUUCACCCAUAAGCCAGCCAUGAACGGUUCAGAUACAUCGCCAUCAUGAUGCGCAUACGCGUACGCAUACGCAUCCCUUUCUUCCGCAUCUUUUACUCUACGACAUUUACCGUCCUCCUUCUCGUCUGCCUCGCUCUCCUUGUCAUCACCCCGGCCGACGUUAUUCGACAAUCCAUAGAAGCGAAACACAUUGCGAAUGUCUUUAUUGUCGCCGGUGUCCACAUUCUUGCCUUGAUCACGGCGGCAUUCAUCUAUGCCAGCCGUCUUUUAACCAACCGAAGUGUUCUCUCAGCUAUCCCAGAGCCAUGGGUUCCUGUGCAAGCUGAAGACGUGGGCAAAAAGGUGCGGCGCAUGAUUGUGGACGCUUGGGAGCGCAGCGCAAUCGUCGCAUGGGAUGCAAGGCCAAAACAUACGUCUUCAGAAAUCGAGGAGGUCGAGAAACCUAGCGCAACAGUGAGCGCCGAGUCUUCAGCGGCUUCCGUUGGCCAUCCUAACCUUCGGCUGCACUCGUCUCAGCAACCCGACCACAAUGGACAUGGCGAGAACAAUAAUGGUACAUCCGAAACCACCAUUAAUGUUCGCCCUGUGCAGCCGCCAUGGGGACCUAUAUCUCAUCCCGGCUGGUCCUCGCCGUCAUCUGUUGACCUUCCCAGUGUCUAUUAUCCCACCGUCAUUGCAGAAUUACCAAACCUCAUCGAAGCCAAAGCCGUCUCACUCGCUCCUCCGGACCCCGUUCUCUCCGCAAUGCCUCAAGCUACGAAUGCACCGCGCUUCAUACCUCCUGACCCGCAAGCGCUUGCGUUACUCCGACGCCCUACGGCAAUGGGUCUGCGCGACUACCUAGAAUAUCUCGGACAACUUGGACUUGUCAACCCGCCUGAAGUCGGCGCAGACUUUCUGACCGUCUACGAAUAUGCCCGCUUCUCUGGAGCAGCAUUGACGGAAGCACAGUUUCGUCAAUUGAUGAAUAUUUUCGCCGAACUGCUACGGGGUAUGGUGCAGCUUGAUCCCGUCAUCCUCGCGGCUCUGGCCGAAGAAGCGGAAAUGGAGAGUGAUGAACGUGGAGAGUCAGUGCGAUCAUCCUCAGCUUCAUCAUCUACGUCAACGUCUCCAGCUGCGUCCAUUUCUCCAUCCGGGUCAGCAAUCCGUUACUCCCGACCCUCCUCUUCCUCAUCAGGCCAUUCGCGCCAUUCCAGCCGUAGUCGCAGUCUCAGCCGCACUCCUAGCCCAGACAGCAGCAUCCUCAACCGCCGCAGUAUGCACUCUAUAAUUUCCGACCAUGCUUCUGCGCAUACUGGUCGAUUGCCAAAGCUCGCUUCUACCUUUUUACCAUCCACUGCGCGAAUUGGACGACGCAGUGUGAGUGCUGGAACCGCACAUACGGCACCGGUACCUUCUACUUUUGUUUCUGACCCUACUGCUACUGGUGCAGAUGGUUCUGCCGAUGCAGCCAUAUCUUCACCUCCAAUUCCUGGACAGCAUACCUCUGGAUUCUCUUCACAACGGCCACAAGAUCGGCUUUCCUCUUCUUUUACCGAAGAUAAUAAUAACAUUAAUACUUCUCCACACGCCUCUGAUACCCUUCCGCCAUUAUCCGCUAUUCAAUUUUCACGUUCUGCUCCUCGCAUGCCUUCUGCGCAAUCUCUUCCAGCUACAACUACUGAAACUACUGCCCGCCCGAGCGAUGAAUAUCGUCGCGAUAUGCUUCGGCGUACUCGCCUUCCACAAAUCAUUCUGAAUGUGCCACCGAACGAGCCAAACUCCCCUCGGUCGGUAUCGCCGUCUUCAUCAUCAUCAACGUUCUCGUCGUCGCGAUUGUCCGAUUCUACCAAUACGCGAGAAAAUGCCUAGGGCGUUGUAUAUUGCGUUCAACUGUGGAUAGCUUCUCUUCUUCUUACACACUCUUUUUUCUCCAUAUUUUUUUUUCUAUAGAUAGUAUCAUUUAUAUUCCAACCAGGUUGUGCUGCUCUGCUAAGUAAACGAAUGAUUAUCGUCCACCCAUGUAACAGGGUGAAUAUUAUAGGGCAGAAGGAGGUGAGGUGGUUGGUUCACUAAGUGUCGGUGGG